UUGCCUUUCCAUAGCGCUAUCAUGUUUUAUUGCAGAUUGGGAUAAGGUGAAAAUACCCACAGUUCUAAACGGGACGUUCUUCAAAUUUAGCCCCGAAGAUUCUACUCCGACGAGGUUCAUCGGAAUGUGUGUGCUAUGUAUGCCCCGUACCGUCAAAAUCUCAGGAGCACAGACUUCGAACUUCCUCAGCCACUUAAAGAGGAUACAUGGGGAUGAAACGAUAGAAAAGUAUAGAACUUAUUUAAAGUCUAUUAGGAAUUUAAAGAAAAAAUUCGUAGUUGUCCAGUAAUUCACUUUCAACAUGCUUAGAAAUGGGGUUGGCAACUGUCAAAGGUUUGCAUAGAUGGCGCCAUCAUAGCUAGCCCCUGUCUCUAGUUUUGUUCUAUGAGAUUUGGCUUAAAGUACUGGAAUCCAGGUCACAAAAUUCCAAAAAAAAAACAAUAAUUUGACACAAUUCUAGGGAUUGACAGGGCAAGCUAUGAUGGCGCCAUCUGUUUAAUACUUCGACCGGCCAACCCCAUUAUGAUCUGAUAAAUAAAUAUGUUCAAACGACAGUUGACAAUUAACGAGAACGCUUUAAUUUGACUCUUGGAUUUUAAUCCAAUAGAUGAUACCAUAGCUCAUGAAUGUAUCCUGUACUGAAAUUGCACGAUAGAUUGUAAUUGUAUGGAACAUUUUUUUAUUGAAGAAGUAUUUUAUCUAGUUAAAAUAAUUAUUGUUCUGGAAUAUAAUUUUCAUAAUAAACAUUUUCACAACAUUAAAGUAUUUUAUAAUAAUACUUGCAGAAUUUUAUGUUCCCAUCAUACAUAUUAAAUAUUAAUUUUGUCUUCGUAAUGUUUCAGUAUUAUACAAGGGAAAUACUGAAUAAACCUUUUAACAAGAGACCUUACACCAACAUCAAAGCAUCAUAAGUUUCUUAAUUAUUCGACAUUAUAUUUUAUCACUUAGCCAGUGUAUUAAUGUAUUUAAAUCGUAUUAUAAAUACCAAUAAUACAUAAGCUAAGCCGCAGAUGGAUACACGGACAGACAAACGUAUCUAUAGAUAUGGCGAAACAUUAUAGUUCUCUGUUGACUACGGAUAUAAGUGGUAACAUAGCUGUCCUAGUCUUGUAAUUACAUUGAUUAAGUUUUCAUUCGCAGACCAAGAAGUCUGCACCUACAAAACACCAGCGGUCAUUGAGGGUACUUUCUUUAAGUAGUGUCCAGAAGAAUCUAAUGCUCACAUAUUUGUUGCGUAUUGUGUCCAAUAUCAGGUCAAAAUCCGUGGCUACGGUAACACAUCGUUCAGUUUCCUCAGUCAUCUAAGAAGAAGCCAUGGUAAAUACGCCGUGCGAAAGUACGUUUAUUUGUAGCAUAAUCGGAAUAGAACAAACCCCGAAAUUUCUUGGACAGUCCUGAAAUUUGUUAUGUAUUAAAGGCUCCUUAUUCAUGUCUAUACCAUUUGACAUUGGAUUACCUCGAGGAAUCGCAGCCAUCUUGGAAAAUGUGUACCAUCCUGGAGAAAUUCGCGUCUUACUCAAAAUCUACGUUAUCUAGGAAAAUAUGGUGUAAGACAACAUUAAAGCUUAUUAAAUUCUACACCAUAAAGUCCCAGAUAUCUUUGCGAAAAAAAUACAUCUUAUCAUACUUCUACAUCUCAUUCUUGCUGAAUCUAGGUUUAGCGCUUAUACACUUCCAGGGGACAUUCUUUUAAUAGGAAACUCGGAGGGAUAUGAAUUCACUUUUGUGUAUAUAUUUGUACAUGAUCUACCCCAAUAUCAACAUUUUACUUGACUGCGACUUCACCAGAAAGUAAGGUUAUGAGUUUAAGUACUGUUGAUUCAGUACACCCUGUAUUUUUAAAAAUAAGAUAUUGGUACAUUCCACUUGCCCUUCACAACCUGUUUAUACUUGUUAUAUUAAAGAAAAAUAAGUAGAGCCGCCUUGAGAGGACGCAGAAUUUUAAAUCAUAUUUUUUCUUCUAGCACCUAAAUUAUUGAGCGGAUUUCAAUAAAGUAGACAUCAGUAGAUCCAUAAUUGGCACACGGAGUGCUAUGCAAUACAAAAUUAUUAAAAUGAACAGAGAAAAAAUGUUUAGGGCUAAAUAUUCUGAUUGCAAAAACAGAUUUUAGGUCUUAAAUGGGGUUCAAGCAACAGUGUCAGUAACAAAAUUUGACUCAUACAAUCUCUGGGAUCCAUGUUAACGUUCCUUAAAAUUCGGGCUUUGGGGACCACGAGGAUCAGGCGGCAUCAUGAGAAGUAUACGUCUUUUUUAUUUUUUCCAUUUUUCUCAGGAUCUAUAAGUUUUGUGUGUAUUGUGUAUGUCGAAACGGAAGCUUAUUAAAUUCUCCACAGAAAUGAUAUAUGAUAUUAUGUCCCGGAAACGAAGAAAUAUUUAUAUAUAUUAUUUUAUUAUAUUAAUUUAUUCAGUCCCUAAUAAAUUAUAUAAUUGAUGUUUUUUACAUGAGCAAUUAAAAAUAACUUUUCAUAGAAAAAAACCUGUAAAUAGAAUAAUAAUGUUUUAAUUUUUAAAACAAAUGUUGGUAGGUAUGGUAAUCAUUUUGUAGAUAUCAAGAAACCUCUUAGUGCUGCGAAAAGAUCAAAACAAAGUAGGGAAAGAUUAAAACAAGAGCGUCCGGCACAAUUUGCGGGACUGUGUCAAAAGAAAUUUACAGCGACUGUUGACCGAAAGGAGGAGAAUACAUGGAUUGUCUUUUCCCUAGACAAAAAUGCAUAGAAAAAGAUGGAGAAUAGAAAAGGCGUAAACUAAAAGACAAACAAAGGAUAAUAUCAACAGAGUAGUUCAUAAUUUUGACUUGUGCUUUGACCAUUAAUAUUAAGAAAAGUCUAUCGCAAAAUAAUUUCUUUAAUGAUUCUCAGGGCCUGUUUCACAAUGUCAAAGUAAAGUAUUUGAUAGCUAAUUAACAAAUGAAUUAACUGCAAGCUAAAACUUCUGCAAAACUUAGCACUUUAUCUACCAGUUAAGCUUAUUUGAAGAUUGUGAAACGCCAACGAUGACUUUAUUCGAUAAUAUAUUUAGCUUAUUCAGGACUUUACUUGGGCAUUGUGGCAGGCCCGUAAUCCAAUUUACGAAUUGUUUGUUUUCAUGCCAUAUUUUUCUUAAAGUGGACAUAAAGGGGUCAUCGUUCAGAUAAGGUUAUAUAAAGUUUGUGUUAUAGCAUCUGUUAAAAAAAUCACUCUUUACUAAAAAUCACAAAAACAAUAUUUUUGAAGAGAAUCGUUUGGAUAGGAAAUUUUAUGUCAAAUAAAUCUCUAAGUGAAUCAGCAAGACUUGCUAUUUCUUUUUAACAGUCCGUAUUGAACAAACACUUCUCGUAUUUGUAUUAACAAUAAUACGUAUCUAUCUCAGUUUAACUUGUUUCGUUUUAGCCUCCUGUUUCGUUUUUACCGUUAUGUGAGACGUCUAUAUUUACACCAUUUUAUGAUUAAUAUCGUUUGUAUCUAAUGUAUUCUCUUCUAGAAUAUUCUUUCAUACCAACGCAUCGUGGCAAGCAUUUGUUAAUGCUGAAUGGAUACACUUAUUCUCAGAUGAAGUUUACGAAUAAUUAUUAUUGCUCUAAAAAGCAGUCUGGGAAUUGCCGAGCUAGAAUUAAUUUAGACGGCGAUGGAAGGAUUAUCAAUGGCGACUUAAAGCAUACUCAUCCACCGCCUAAGUAUAUUAAGACAGCUAGUGGAGACUAUAUUAAAGUGUAAUGAAUGCUGUAUAAUAUUAAUAGCGUAUGCAGUUAAAUUCAUCAUGUUUCUAAUCUUCAAAUUAUUGUUGUUAUUAUAAGUUAGUAAGCUAUCAAAUGUAAGAUGUUAGUUAAAAUGUUCCUUAACAGUUAAGAACUUUUCAUAAGAUAUGAUUUUUUAUUAAAUCAUGAAAUAAUAUAAAUACUUUUUAUUUCAUCACGUACACAUCGUUGAAAUUUAAGUUGCAUUGUUUUACAAUUAACCAUUCGUAAGUAUUCGCUUGUUUUGUUUUGUUCACAAUAUUGCAUACUUAUUCUGACUUACUAAAAUGUUUGUUUAUAUUAUAUGUGCAGUAAAAAGAAGAUCGGCCGGAAACUGGAUUAACAUGUACUGCACCAAAUCGCACGAUAAUCAAUAUAAGUGCAACUUAUGCAACGCAGUUCUAAUACUGCAACAGGGACAUUACGGUAAUAUGAGGCGUCAUUACAAAUUUAAGCAUCCUUAUAUAUUUUAUACGGAAUCUGAGAAAUCAAAGACAACGUGGAAAGUGAAAAGAAACGCAAAAAUGUCUAAAGCAGACACGAAGAAAAUCAAAGUGGAAAAGGGUAAUUCUAAAACUAGACUACCAAAAAGCGAUUUGCCUCAAGUCACACAAAAAAGAAGAAGAAGCGCUAUGUGGAAAUAUUUCACCAAUUUGGAAAAAGGCUUCGUUUGUUGCAAAAUUUGCAACAUGAAACUGAGAGACAGACACUACGUUGUUGCCCUACAUUUAAACAGACGGCACCCGAAGACUUUCUCUGAUCUCGGCGACUUUAAUAUAAUGCCAUUUCGACAAAGAAGCAACUUUCUUUGGAAUUUCUUUGUUGACGAAGGAAACAAAUUAGUUCGCUGUUUGCUGUGUGAUAUUACAAUGCGUAAAAAUAUGGUUAAACAUCUACAGACUAAGCAUCCAAACGACUUUGAACAGGCAGUAAGCCUCCAGAGAGAACAAAUCACUGAGUACUGUGCACCGCGUCUUUCCGUCGGCAGGAGAACCUGGGUGAAAAAAUAUUGCACUAAAAUAGCCGAUAAACAAUAUCAAUGCAACCAGUGUAAGAAAAUUCUAAGAAUGCCUAAUGGUUUCUAUGGUAAUAUGAGGCGCCACAUCAGAAUUAAGCACUCAAACAUUUAUCACGAAGAGAGUAAAACUGCAAAUACAAAAUCGGGUGCUGCAAUGGAAGAAAAAUUGAUAGAUCUAGUAGACGUUGAUAAUAAUUGUAAUGCAUUGGGUUUAAAAGAUCCUUUAGCUGAUUUUGAUUUAGGCAGCCCUGCGAUAUCUGAAACAGAUAUUGCCGCUAAUUUUCUCGAAAACGAUAAUUCGACAAACAAUCCUUACUCCGAAAUUGAUUUGGGUGCAAUAACUGAUUUACCUACUUUAGAACCAAGCUGCCAAGCAGAUAAUUACGACAAAUCCUACUUCCUUUUGGUAGAAGACGGGCAAUUUAAAUGUAUAGAAUGCGAAGAGACUGUAAUUUGCCCUGACGUCGACGAACAAGAGGCUCUUUUUACUCAUAUAAGAGACAAACAUCCAGAAGAAAUAAUGACUUUACAAGCCACCUCCACUGAAAACGAUGAUGAAUAUCAAGUGGUCGUAUUAGGCAAUAUAGACAGUUGAAUUAUGAACCUUGAAUAAUGGGUACUUUACGAUCUUAAAUUAGAGCUGUCGAAAGAUAUUUUCUGUUGUUUAUUAUUGAUCUCCUUAUUAUAACUUAAUUUGAUGAAAAGUGUGUAGAUACUAGUCGAAAUAAACAUGAAUAUAUGGAUACCUUAAGUUAUAUUAUUGUAUUAUGGUCUCAGUUAACUCAGUGAUAUAGUAGAUAUAAUCCUUGUAACAUAUAUAAUUAGUAUUACGUUUACUUUUGUUAUAUUUUAUUUAUUUUUAAUAAAAUAUUUGGGUAUUGGUU